GCGAGCACUUCCUGCGGUGUUCCACGUGUAGUCGGUGUGAGUCGUUUGCGGGCUGUCCACCGUCUGAAGUGCUUUUAAUCGCUGGAAAUGACGCAGUUGGACGGAGUCGUAAAACCUAAAACCAGGAGAUCCAAACGGUUCCUCCAGAGCAGAGAACCCAAGUUAACGGAAAACGUAAAAAAUGCCAUGAUAAUGAAAGGUGGGAACACCAGUGAGACUGUCACUAAAGCCCUGAAGGACAUUUAUGCUUUGAAGAAGCCAAAUGCAGUUUUGUACAAAAAAAAAAAUAUCACGCGCCCAUUUGAAGACCAGACGUCACUGGAAUUCUUUUCGAAGAAAACGGACUGUUCUCUGUUUUUAUUUGGCUCGCACAACAAAAAACGACCAAACAACCUUGUCUUCGGGCGCAUGUUUGAUUUCCACGUGUUGGACAUGAUUGAGCUGGGCAUUGAGAAAUUUGUCUCUCUAAGUGACAUCAAGAGUCCCAAAUGUGCCGAGGGGACGAAGCCGCUGCUGAUUUUUGCAGGCGAAGCUUUUGACACAGAUAGCGAAUACAAACGUCUCCGGAGUGUCUUUAUAGAUUUCUUCCGUGGGCAGACUGUACCCGCCGUACGCUUGGCAGGACUGGAGCACGUUCUUCACUUCACUGCACUGGAGGGGAAGAUUUAUCUGCGCAGCUACAAGGUUCUGCUGAAGAAGUCUGGGUGCCGGACCCCCAGGAUUGAGCUGGAGGAAAUAGGCCCCUCGUUUGAUUUUGUGCUUCGGAGGACGCACCUGGCAUCAGACGACCUGUCCAAGACCGCUCACAAGUUGCCCAAGGCGCUGAAGCCCAAGAAGAAGAAGAACAUUUCCCAUGACACCUUUGGUACCAAGCUCGGACGACUGCACAUGCAAAAGCAGAACCUGGCAAAACUAAAAACUCGCAAGAUGAAGGGUCUGAGGAAGAGAAGGGGAGAAACCAUCCAAGGAGAGGAAGAAGACUCUGCAAAAAAAGCCAAAGUCGAGUGAUCGGAUAUUGACUGGAGGGCGGGGCUUCUCUUUUCACACUUAAGCAGUGGAGCAGGGUGAUGUUACUACAUCCGAUAGAAUUUGUUUUGGCAAUGCCUGAAUUAUUAGUGGGAACAACUUAAAUAUACAGUGCCAUGCCCCCUGGGAAUUGAGGACCUUUCUCAGUACUCAAGCAUUCUCUGGUGGUCAGGGGUGGGCACUGACCCACUGCCCACUCCACUGUGAUGGAGUAAAAGUCUUUUUGACAACUGACACUUAAGAUCAGUUUGUGAAUUGAGCGUAUACACAUUGUUAUGCAACCAGGAACACUCAGGUUUUGUCCAGCACCUGCUUGUAGAGUAUGUAUGAAGUACAGCCAUGCUUUUGUAGUUCUGUAGCUAGUGCUCAUCUGCAGUCUUGGCCCACAAGUCACAUCGUCUGGUGAAAAUUUCCCCUCUGAGGUGAUUUUGUAAGCCACUAGUGGAUGAAUUAGUCUUAGAGCAGUGUUGUUUGCAGAUCAUCUUUCACUGAGUGACUCGUUUAUACUUUUAAAAAAAAAAAAAAAAAAAAAAUUUUUUUGCCAUAUCCGCAAAAUGAUGUCAGCAAUUACUGUAUGAGUGGGUACAAUGAAGUGCCCACCCUGUGGCUCUCCUAUACAGGGACUUACAAACCCCCUCAACCACUUUUAAGCUCUGCAAUCAUGCUUCAAGUGUGCAUUUUUUUUUUUUUUUUUAAGUGUCUCUGUGCUGUCAAAGCUGUGUAUUUUUUUUUUUCUCU